UGCGUGUAAUGCAGUUGCUAGCUGUUUAAUGCUACUGUUCUUCAUUAUGUGUACCUAUUAGUUGGUAUUCAGUGCUUAUUGUUAUUUUAAAUAUUUCUUUCUAAAUUACUGACAUAGUUUUACAAAAGCAAUAUGUAUGCUCUCGAAGAUGAUCAGUAUGACGAUGAAGAUGCCGAAGAAAUUUCUUCGAAAUUAUGGCAAGAAGCUUGUUGGAUUGUUAUCAACGCUUAUUUCGAUGAAAAAGGUCUUGUUCGUCAACAACUUGAUAGUUUUGAUGAAUUCAUUGAAAUGUCCGUUCAACGGAUCGUUGAAGAUUCUCCACAAAUAGAUUUACAAGCAGAAGCUCAGCAUACUUCUGGUGAAAUAGAGAAUCCUGUUAGACAUUUAUUGAAAUUUGAACAAAUUUAUUUGUCUAAACCGACGCAUUGGGAAAAAGAUGGUGCGCCAUCGCCUAUGAUGCCGAAUGAAGCUAGACUUAGAAAUUUAACUUAUUCAGCACCUUUAUAUGUUGAUAUAACUAAAACUAUUGAAAAGGAUGGUGAAGAUCCUAUCGAAACACAACAUCAGAAAACAUUUAUAGGAAAAAUUCCAAUAAUGUUACGUUCCAAGUAUUGUCUCCUGGCUGGAUUGUCUGAUCGAGACUUAACAGAAUUAAAUGAAUGUCCUCUUGAUCCUGGUGGUUAUUUCAUCAUUAACGGAUCCGAAAAAGUACUUAUAGCACAAGAGAAAAUGGCGACAAAUACAGUUUAUGUUUUUAGUAUGAAGGAUGGUAAAUAUGCAUACAAAGCUGAAAUUAGAUCUUGUUUGGAACAUAGUUCACGUCCUACUUCUACAUUAUGGAUUAACAUGAUGGCAAAAAGUGGUGCCAGUAUUAAAAAAUCAGCGAUUGGACAACGCAUCAUAGCUAUCAUACCUUAUAUCAAGCAAGAAAUACCUAUUAUGAUAGUUUUUCGUGCACUUGGUUUUGUAGCUGACCGUGAUAUUCUUGAACAUAUUAUUUAUGACUUCGAUGAUCCCGAAAUGAUGGAAAUGGUAAAACCGUCAUUAGAUGAAGCCUUUGUCAUACAAGAACAAAAUGUAGCAUUAAAUUUUAUUGGUACUCGAGGUGCUAGACCUGGUGUAACAAAAGAAAAACGUAUCAAGUAUGCUAGAGAAAUCUUACAAAAGGAAAUGUUACCUCAUGUUGGUAUAAGUGAUUUUUGUGAAACAAAAAAGGCCUAUUUCCUUGGUUAUAUGGUACAUAGAUUAUUAUCAGCAUCUUUAGGACGAAGAGAAUUGGAUGAUCGUGAUCAUUACGGCAAUAAAAGAUUAGAUUUGGCUGGACCUUUGUUAGCAUUUUUAUUCAGAGGUUUAUUCAAAAAUCUUAUGAAAGAAGUACGCUUGUAUGCACAGAAAUUUAUAGAUCGAGGUAAAGAUUUUAAUCUUGAACUUGCUAUUAAAACUAAAAUAAUUACCGACGGUCUGAGGUAUUCCCUGGCUACUGGUAAUUGGGGAGAUCAAAAGAAAGCUCAUCAAGCAAGAGCUGGAGUUUCACAAGUGUUGAAUAGAUUAACUUUUGCAUCUACUUUAUCACAUUUAAGAAGAGUUAACUCUCCAAUUGGAAGAGAUGGAAAACUUGCCAAACCACGUCAGUUACAUAACACUUUAUGGGGUAUGCUGUGUCCUGCAGAAACUCCAGAAGGUGCAGCUGUUGGCUUAGUUAAAAAUUUGGCAUUGAUGGCAUACAUUAGCGUUGGAUCUCAGCCAUCUCCGAUAUUAGAGUUUUUAGAAGAAUGGUCUAUGGAAAAUUUGGAAGAAAUAGCACCUAGUGCAAUUGCUGAUGCUACCAAAAUAUUUGUCAAUGGUUGCUGGGUUGGAAUUCACAGAGAUCCAGAUCAAUUAAUGGCUACUUUGCGUAAAUUAAGAAGACAAAUGGACAUUAUUGUGUCUGAGGUAUCAAUGAUCCGAGAUAUUAGAGAUCGUGAGAUAAGAAUAUAUACAGAUGCUGGAAGAAUCAGUAGGCCUCUGUUAAUUGUAGAAGGACAAAAUUUAUUGUUAAAAAAGAGACACAUUGACAUGUUAAAGGAAAGAGAUUACAAUAAUGAUGGAUGGCAAGAAUUAGUAGGUAGUGGAGUAGUAGAAUAUAUAGAUACACUUGAAGAAGAGACUGUCAUGAUUGCUAUGUCACCCGAAGAUCUUAGGCAAGAAAAGGAAUAUGCUUAUUGUACAACUUAUACACAUUGUGAAAUUCAUCCGGCCAUGAUUCUAGGAGUUUGCGCUUCUAUUAUUCCAUUCCCUGAUCAUAAUCAAAGUCCUAGGAAUACUUAUCAGAGUGCUAUGGGUAAACAAGCUAUGGGAGUUUAUAUAACAAACUACCAUGUUCGAAUGGACACUUUAGCUCACGUACUUUAUUAUCCUCAUAAGCCAUUAGUUACUACUAGAUCUAUGGAAUAUCUUAGAUUUAGAGAGCUUCCAGCAGGAAUUAACAGUAUUGUUGCUAUUUUAUGCUAUACUGGAUACAAUCAAGAAGAUAGUGUUAUUCUUAAUGCCAGCGCAGUUGAAAGAGGUUUCUUUAGAUCUGUCUUUUACCGAUCUUAUAAGGAUUCUGAAUCUAAAAGAAUUGGUGAUCAGGAAGAACAAUUUGAAAAACCUACAAGACAAACUUGCCAAGGAAUGCGCAAUGCUAUAUACGAUAAAUUAGACGAUGAUGGAAUUAUCGCUCCUGGCAUUCGUGUAUCAGGUGAUGAUGUUGUAAUAGGCAAAACUAUUACUCUUCCAGAAACAGAUGAUGAGUUGGACAGUACAACCAAACGUUUUAUAAAAAGGGAUGCAUCUACUUUCUUACGUAAUAGUGAAACUGGAAUUGUAGAUCAAGUUAUGUUAACACUGAAUAGCGAGGGAUACAAAUUUUGUAAGAUUAGAGUUCGUAGCGUACGCAUACCGCAAAUUGGUGAUAAAUUUGCUUCACGUCACGGACAAAAAGGUACUUGUGGUAUUCAAUACAGACAAGAAGAUAUGCCAUUUUCAUGCGAAGGGCUAACGCCUGAUAUAAUUAUUAAUCCUCAUGCUAUCCCAUCUCGUAUGACCAUUGGUCACUUGAUCGAAUGUAUUCAAGGAAAAGUUUCAGCAAAUAAAGGUGAAAUUGGUGAUGCUACUCCGUUUAACGAUGCCGUAAACGUACAAAAAAUUUCGACGCUUUUACAAGAAUAUGGAUAUCAAUUAAGAGGCAACGAAGUUAUGUAUAAUGGACAUACAGGUCGUAAAAUUAAUGCUCAAGUUUUCUUAGGACCGACUUAUUAUCAACGUUUAAAGCAUAUGGUAGAUGAUAAAAUUCAUAGUAGAGCAAGAGGACCUGUACAGAUUUUAGUUCGACAACCAAUGGAAGGUAGAGCAAGAGAUGGUGGGUUGCGUUUUGGUGAAAUGGAACGCGAUUGCCAAAUUUCACAUGGUGCCGCUCAAUUUUUAAGAGAACGUUUAUUCGAAGUUUCUGAUCCAUAUAGAAUUCAUUUAUGCAAUUUCUGUGGAUUAAUUGCUAUAGCUGUCUUACGUAAUAAUACGUUUGAAUGUAGAGGUUGUAAAAACAAAACGCAGAUCUCGCAAGUUAGAUUACCGUAUGCGGCUAAAUUACUUUUCCAAGAAUUAAUGUCUAUGAACAUUGCACCAAGAUUAAUGGUAACAUAAAUAUAUGUAAUGUAAUUACACUCUUAAGUAUUUAAGUAUUAUUUGUUAGAUCUAGUUAGAUCUAUUUUUUAAUUGAAUUUAAAUAAAAUAAUUGUAUUAUUAUUAUACAGAAUUUUUGUCAAAUUUGAUAUUAUAUUUGUUAAUAAGGAAUACAAAAUCUUUAUAUUGUAUAUUAUAUAAAAACAAAAAAAACACAUCACAUAA